UCUGUGUGCCCUAUUUGGUUCAAUUCCAUCAUUGGUGGAGUUCAGAAUGCUCUUUGAUUGUAGGUGAACUAUACAUCCCAAUAACUACAACUUGCAUAUGUCAAGGUCUAUUUUCCCCCAAGAGCGCCCCUGGAAAAAUAAACUAUACUGCAAAUGCUUACUUUGCGUGAUACGUUGAGCCGCCCCUGCUUGUGCAACAAGUCUGUUCAAUUAUGUAAUGCAGAAGGCAGUGCUCAGACAGCCUUAAGAAAAGACUGUCGAACCCCAGCCAGAUGUCCACACUCUGCUGAAAGAGAAGGACAGUUGACAGUGAUAACCCAUGCCAUGGAAUGGGUUGGUACAAUCGUCCUUCUCCUUCUUGUAUAUUUUUCUUGCCAUCUGCUCAUAUCAUCUAAGAGGAAACUAUGGCACAAGGGGAGACUUCCUCCGGGACCCACUCCUCUGCCCCUGAUUGGGAAUUUCCUGCAGAUCAAAGCAUCCCAAACCUUAAAAUCUCUUCUCAAGCUGCAGGAAAAAUAUGGCCCUGUUUUCACCGUCUAUUUUGGAUCACAUCCGGUUCUGGUCUUAUGUGGACAUCAAGCUGUGAAGGAGGCCCUGAUAGACAAAGCAGAAGAGUUCAGCGGAAGGUCUACCCUGCCUGUACUUGAGCAGACCUUCCAAGGAUAUGGGGUGAUCUUUUCCAAUGGAAACCGCUGGAAGCAACUGCGCCGCUUCUCCUUCACCAUCUUGAAGAGUUUUGGAAUGGGGAAAAAGUCUAUUGAGGAACGAAUCCAAGAGGAAGCCCAAUUCCUGCUGGAGGAAUUGCGGAAGACGAAGGAAAAGCCUUUUGAUCCAACACACCUCUUCAGCCGUGCAUUGUCUAAUAUUGUUUGCUCCAUUGUUUUUGGGGAUCGUUUUGACUAUGAAGACAAGGAAUUCCAGGCUCUCAUGGAGAUGCUUUGCAACAACUUUCGGGAGAUUAGCACAGCCUGGUCUCAGUUCUACAACAUAUAUGCCAGCUUCUUGAAAUACUUUCCAGGGCCCCAAACCAAGGUCUAUGACUUGCUGCUAGAUGUGAGGGUCUUCAUUGGCAAGAGAAUCAAGGAGAACCAAAAGACCCUUGAUCCCAACUUCCCACGUGACUUUAUUGACUGCUUCCUCAUCCAGAUGGAAAAGGAAAAAGACAACCCAGGCAGUGAAUUUAACAUCAAGAACUUGGAGCUCACCACACUUAAUCUGUUCUAUGCUGGAACAGAGACAUCCAGUUCAACCCUGAGAUAUGGGUGCCUGCUUCUCAUGAAGUAUCCUGAGGUGCAAGCAAAAGUGCAUGAGGAAAUUGAUCGAGUGAUUGGCCGUAAUCGUGUCCCCAAAACUGAAGACCGGAGCCAGAUGCCAUAUACGGAUGCUGUCAUCCAUGAAGUACAGAGAUGCAGUGAUGUUUUUCCUAUGGGUGUGGCCCACAUGGUUACUCGUGACACUGAAUUCAGAGGAUACCAGCUCCCUAAGGGGAUGGAGGUCUGUCCUGUGCUCAGUAGUGUCUUGCAUGAUCCCACAAUGUUUAAAAGCCCUAAUGCUUUCAACCCAGAGAACUUCUUGGAUGAGAAUGGACAUUUCAAGAAGAAUGAGGCAUUUGUACCAUUUUCUGCAGGGAAACGAAUCUGUCUGGGAGAAGCAUUGGCCCUCAUGGAGCUUUUCCUCUUCUUCACCACCAUCCUGCAGAAUUUCCAACUGAAGCCCCUUGUGCCUCCAGAGGACCUUGACAUAACCCCCUGUGAGAGUGGCUUUGCUAACAUCCCACCCUUGUAUGAGCUCUCCGUCAUCCCACGUUGAGCCAAAACCCCUUUCUCCUUCAGCUUGGGAUUCUUGCAUAAGCAACAUUCAUAGACUCCACCAGGAGAAUGAAUUAUAUUCUGUUCUUUGGCUCCCAUGCACAGGAUUGAUU